AUGUCUGCACUGUCCCAAGAUAAUCUACAAAACCUAGAUGAAGCAUCUAAGAAGGAGUUGAUGACUUUCUUGGAAUCAGAGAACUCUAAGCAAAAGAUACAAAUGUCAAUUCACAAAUUCACUAAUAUCUGUUUCAACCAAUGUAUAGACUCAAUAUCUGAUGCAGGGUUAUCCAGUCAAGAAUCCGACUGUUUGAAGAACUGCGUUAACAGAUUUCUGGAUACUAACAUUUCAAUAGUGAAGGGCUUACAAAAUCUUCAAUAG